AUGAUGAUUCCAUUGUUUCUUUUGCUCAUUUUCAUUUCUUCUUCAUCAUUUUCGGAAUGUAGUCAACAAGGCGAUGUUCCUGUUCCUGUACCUGGAAUACAUGAAGACGACGUAGUCAUCAUAAAUAAUGGUAUACUGGACACAGUCUUAACUGUUCACUGUAAAUCGAAAGACGAUGAUCUUGGUGUCAGAACUCUCAAGUAUAACGAGUCUUUUCAAUUCUCGUUUCAACCCAAUAUUUGGGACACGACCCUCUUCUUUUGCGGGUUUAGUUGGGAUAAAGAGUUUCAUUGGUUUGAUAUUUACAAGACAAAACAUAGAUUUGUUUUCCAUAUAAACUCAUGGAUUAUUCAUCCUAGUGGACCUUGUCUUUUUAACACUAAUCAUCAAGCUUAUGAUUAUUGUUAUCCUUGGAAUGCAGACAAUAAGCAAGGUCUACAAUUUUUUCCAGCUCUUAAUCCAAAUCAUUGA